AUGAUGAUGAGCGGUGUUUUGACGAAGAGUGUAGCUGGUAAUAUUUGCAGGAGAGGCCUGGCAACAGCCGGAGCGGCGCCACGGUUGAAGACAUUUAAGGUUUAUAGAUGGAAUCCGGACAAACCAGCUGAGAAGCCACGUUUGCAGAGCUACCAAGUGGAUUUGGAUGACUGCGGACCUAUGGUCUUGGAUGCGCUUUUGAAGAUUAAGGAUCAACAGGAUUCUACGUUGACUUUGAGAAGAUCGUGCAGAGAGGGUAUCUGCGGGUCGUGUGCUAUGAACAUCGGAGGCAGAAACACGCUUGCCUGUUUGUGUAAGAUUGACCAGGAUCACACCAAGGACCUGAAAAUCUAUCCUUUGCCGCACAUGUACAUCGUCAAGGACCUUGUGCCGGAUUUGACGAACUUCUACCAGCAGUACAAGUCGAUCCAGCCGUAUUUGCAGCGCUCUACGUUCCCAGCGGACGGCAAGGAGGUGUUGCAGAGCGUUGAGGACCGCAAGAAGCUGGACGGGCUCUACGAGUGUAUCCUGUGUGCGUGCUGCUCGACCUCUUGCCCUUCGUACUGGUGGAACCAGGAGCAGUAUCUGGGCCCGGCCGUCUUGAUGCAGGCGUACCGUUGGUUGAUUGACUCCAGAGACGAAGCCUCCGCUGUGAGAAAGAGCAUGUUGCAGAACUCUAUGUCGCUGUACAGAUGCCACACCAUCAUGAACUGUACCAGAACGUGUCCAAAGGGGUUGAACCCUGGCUACGCGAUCGCUGAAAUCAAGAAGGCUAUGGCGACUGACUGA